AUGCGUGCCUCAUCUAUGAAAGCAGUGUCGAUAGCUGCGUUGACUACGAGAUCGCAGCCAUCGCGUGGAAGAUUCGCAGUCCCUGCAAUCCGAUCAAUAUCAUCGACGUCCUCGCGAUGCGCCACUGCUCUUCCCAUCACGGCCGCCGGACCACCUCCAAGCGCGCCCAUCCCAACAUCCCCACAAUAUGGAGAUCGCGUUGAAGAGAGACGGCGGAAAGCAGAAAUGCUCAAACAAGGGAAAGAGCUGCGUGCGGCAAGCCAACCGGCAAGCAAAUCGAAGCCUUUACAAAAACGGUUCUGGAAGGAAGUGCACGUCACAGAGGUUCCAGAGGGCUAUCAAAUCCUCCUCGACAAGAGACCGGUCAGAACACCCUCAAAAUCGAUUCUCACCAUCCCCCGGUCGAAGCCGUACCUUGCACAUGCCAUCGCCAUUGAAUGGGACAUGCUCGAGUCGGCGCAACAAGCGUUGAAGAAUCACAACAUCCCUAUGACCUCAAUAGCUGCUCGGGCGCAAGAUAUCAUCGAGGCAGAGGCGAAGGGCGACGUGCGGGUACGAAACGAGAUCAUUACGACCAUGUUGCGGUACCUGGACACGGACACAUUACUGUGCUGGGCGCCCGAAACAAAAUCAUCACCUUUGGAAAUGCAGAGCGAUCGACCAGAGUCAUUAAGACAGGUCCAAAUCAGAACAGCGAAACCGAUCAUAAGCUUCUUGAGUACUUCAGUGUGGCCUGGUGUCGACAUCAAGCCCGUGUUGGAUGAAAACAGCAUCAUGCCAACUAAGCAGGAUGAGUCUACGAGGAACGUGAUCAAGGGUUGGAUCGCAGGGCUCCCGGCAUGGGAGCUGGCGGCCCUAGAACGGGCGGUCCUGGCAGGAAAGAGCCUCCUGAUUGCAGCUCGAUUGUUGAUCGAAUGGAGCGAAGAGUUUCGGGACAUGCAGCGUGACGGUGGUGAGCCGCGGUUCGGCAUUCACGAAGCUGCUGAAGCGUCGAAUCUCGAGGUGAGAUGGCAGACGGACAUGUGGGGAGAGGUGGAGGACACGCAUGAUGUGAACAACGAGGAUCUUAGACGGCAGCUUGGAAGUGCAAUCCUGCUCGUGAGCGGCAACCGAUAG